AUGCGCGACGUGGAUUUCGUCUUGGAGGCGUGCAAGAGAGUGCGUAGCACACCACCCUGGUCGUCUUGCCAGAAGGAGCACCGAAUGCAAGCUAGGUGGUUGAAGAAGCCCGUGCCCGCGUUCAAGGCGAGUGCCGUCGUCGACGGCUUCUCCAAGAGGUCGUCCUCUCCGACUACCUUGGCCAGUGCCGCUCAUGCUAGCCCCGCCACGUCCACAGCGGCCUCGACCAACUCGCAGCACUCGCGCUUUGCCUGGGCGACAUCCCCACGCACGCAGGGCAGUCUAGGCCCGGACCUCAAGCUCCCGUUCAUCGCGGACCGCAACAUAUCCAUCUCGCGCGUGGUGCGCGGCGCGGCUCGGCGUCCUCAUCGAGGCUGGGGGCAUUGCCCUCCAGCGGCGUCCACGGGGCGCGGGUUCUUCAUCGUCGACCCCAAGGGCAUUCCCAGGCCACUCACGAUCAACGACCUCCCCUCUGCAACUAGAUUGCUCUUCAGCCAGAGCGGCGUGAUUAGCGAGAGCAAGGACGUUACAGGGCGUCGCAGAUGUCUCCUCGCCAGGUAUAUACGCACGGGCUCGCUUGGGAAGACUGCAUACACAGUGGGUAAGGGCCCCAGAGUGUGGACGACGCUGAGCGGGGCUUGGACGACGGGGGCGCGGGGCACGGGGCGCAGCGUGCGAGGCGCAAGAGGGGAGUGGACGACGGGGCGCAAGGCGACGGGGGGCGAGCGCGGGUGGAACGGGCCGAUGGCCGUGGGGAGCUUCCCGUGUACAGUACCAAACACAUAA